GCUAUGAAAUCACCAGAAUUAAAAGAACGAUUGGAGGAAUCAGAAAAGUUGAUUCAGGAAAUGACUGUGACCUGGGAAGAAAAAUUAAGAAAAACUGAGGAGAUAGCACAGGAGCGUCAGAAACAGUUGGAAAGCCUUGGCAUCUCUCUUCAGUCUUCUGGAAUAAAAGUUGGGGAUAAUAAGUGCUUCUUGGUUAAUUUGAAUGCAGAUCCAGCUCUCAAUGAACUUCUGGUAUACUAUUUAAAGGAGCACACGUUAAUAGGCUCAGACAACUCUCAAGAUAUCCAGCUGUGUGGAAUGGGAAUUCUUCCUGAACACUGCAUUAUAGACAUCACCCCAGAAGGACAGGUUAUGUUAACACCUAAAAAAAAUACUAGGACAUUCGUAAAUGGUUCUGCUGUCAUGUGUCCUAUCCAGCUACAUCAUGGAGACAGAAUACUGUGGGGAAACAACCACUUCUUCAGGCUGAAUUUGCCAAAGAAGAAAAAGAAGGCAGAUCAUGAGGAUGAAGAGCGAGACAACUCUAUGAAGUGCAGUAAUAGUGUUGAACAGUUGGACGUAGACGGGGACAAUUCCAGUGAAGUGUCUAGUGAGAUUAAUUUCAGCUAUGAGUAUGCCCAGAUGGAAGUCACUAUGAAGGCACUUGGUAGCAAUGAUCCAAUGCAGUCAAUCUUGCAAAGCCUGGAGCAGCAACAUGAAGAGGAGAAGAGGUCUGCGCUUGAACGACAGAGACUGAUGUAUGAACAUGAACUGGAGCAGUUACGGAGGCGGUUGUCACCAGAGAAGCAGCAUUUCCGCAGCAUGGACAGGUUCUCCUUUCACUCCCCCAGCGCCCAGCAGCGCUUACGCCAGUGGGCAGAGGAGAGAGAAGAAAUGUUGACCCACAGCCUAAGAAAGCUGCGAGAGCAGAUUGUUAAAGCUAAUUUGUAUGUGAGAGAAGCCAAUUUUAUUGGAGAGGAAUUGGACAAAAGGACAGAGUAUAAAGUUACCCUCCAGAUCCCAGCUUCAAGCCUUAACGCUAACAGUAAGAGAGGCGCAAUUCUCAGUGAGCCUGCUAUUCAGGUGAGAAGGAAAGGGAAAGGUAAACAGAUUUGGUCACUGGAAAAGCUGGAGAAUCGAUUGGUAGAUAUGAGGGAUCUUUACCAGGAGUGGAAAGACUGUGAGGAAGACAACCCAGUGAUGAGAGCUUACUUCAGGCGAGCUGACCCAUUCUACGAUGAGCAGGAAAACCACAGCCUUAUCGGAGUAGCCAAUGUUUUUCUUGAGUGCCUCUUCUAUGAUGUGAAGCUACAAUAUGCUGUUCCAAUCAUCAACCAAAAGGGAGAGGUAUCAGGUCGUCUCCACGUUGAAGUUGUUCGUGUUAGUGGAGAGAUAGACGACAGGUUGGUUGGAGGCGAGGAUAGUCCAGACUAUUCAAAUGAAAAUGAUGUUCAGGAGAGAAAACUUGUCUGCAGGAUUAAAAUACUCCAAGCUACAGGUUUGCCACAGCACCUCUCCAACUUUGUGUUCUGCAAAUAUACUUUCUGGGAUCAACUGGAGCCAGUUAAUGUCGCACCUGAAGUGGAUCCUUCGUUAUCCUCCAUCAGCAAGGAGCCACGGUGCAUGGUUGUCUUCGAUCACUGCAAUGAAGUUUCUGUAAAUAUUUCCGAAGACUUCAUGGAACAUCUUUAUGAUGGUGCUUUGGCAAUAGAAGUAUAUGGGCACAAGCAGAGUGGUGACCGCAAAAAUCCAGCCCUAUGGGAUUUGGGAAUAAUUCAAGCCAAAACACGCAGCCUUCGUGACAGGUGGAGUGAAGUAACCCGAAAAGUAGAACUCUGGGUUCAAAUUCUAGAAUUGAAUGAGAAUGGAGAAUACUGCCCAGUUGAGGUGACUCCUGCCAGGGAUGUAUGCACAGGAGGCAUCUUCCAGCUCAGACAGGGGCAAUCUCGACGAAUUCAGGUUGAAGUGAAAUCUGUACAGGAAUCUGGGACCUUGCCACUGAUGGAGGAAUCCAUAUUAUCUGUUGGCAUUGGUUGUGUUCAAAUAAAACAUGUCAAGUCACAAAAACUACCUGAAAAUUACCAGGAAGAAGAGGACGAAAUGGACAGUUAUCAGGACAGGGAUUUGGAGAGGCUCCGUCGGAAAUGGCUGUGUGCCUUAACAAAGCGGCAGGAGUAUCUUGAUCAGCAAUUGCAAAAACUUGUUGGGAAGCCUGAUAAAACAGAAGAUGAUGCGGAUCGGGAGGCACAGCUUUUAGAGAUGAGGCUAACACUCACUGAAGAAAGGAAUGCUGUAAUGGUUCCUUCUGCUGGCAGUGGGAUUCCUGGAGCUCCAGCAGAGUGGACUCCAGUGCCUGGUAUGGAAACUCACAUUCCUGUUAUUUUCCUUGACUUGAAUGCUGAUGACUUCAGUUCCCAAGACAACCUUGAUGACCCAGAAGCAGGUGGAUGGGAUGCUACUCUUGUUGCAGAAGAGGAGGAGGAAUUCUUUGAACUGCAGAUUGUGAAGCAUCAUGAUAGUGAGGUGAAAGCAGAAGCCUCAUGGGAUUCCACAGUCCACGACUGUAUCCAGCUCAGUAAAGGAACAGCAGCAGAUGAAAGAGUUUACCUUAUUGUGAGAGCCACUGUCCAGCUCAGCCAUCCUGCAGAAAUGCAAUUAGUAUUACGCAAGCGCAUUUGUGUCAAUGUGUAUGGCAGACAGGGUUUUGCACAGAGUUUCCUCCGAAGAAUGUCUCACCGAAGUUCCAUUCCUGGCUGUGGUGUCACUUUUGAGAUAGUCUCAAAUAUUCCAGAGGAUGCUCAAGGAGCUGAAGAGCGGGAGGCACUAGCCAGAAUGGCAGCAAAUGUUGAAGAUGCAGCUUCAGCUGACUCUGAAGCUUAUAUUGAGAAGUACUUGCGGAGCGUGCUGGCUGUGGAGAACAUUCUCACCUUGGAUCGUCUGCGCCAGGAAGUUGCUGUAAAAGAGCAGCUAAUGGGAAAAGGGAAACUCUACCGCAGAAGCCUGAGCUCUCCCAAUGUGAAUCGGCUUUCUGGAAGCCGCCAAGAUUUAGCACCCCCUUAUAACCUAAGCAGUAACAGAGGCCGAUGGGAGAGUCAGCAAGAUGUAUCCCAAGGUGUCACAAAUUCCAGUAGAGGCAUUAGUCCAUCUCGUACCUCUCUGCCAGGCUCUAGGCAGCAGAACCAUUCUCCUGAUCCAGGUAUUGGUAGCCUUGCUGCUUCCUACCUGAAUCCUGUAAAGUCCUUUGUGCCUCAGAUGCCAAAGCUGCUGAAGUCUCUCUUUCCCGUUAGAGAUGAGAAAAAGGGGAGGCAGACCUCUCCCCUUGCACAGCAGGCUGUCCCACGAAUUAUGGUUCAGUCUGCCAGUACUGCAAGGAUAAAACAGAUUAACCAAGAGGAAAUAGGGAAACAGCCAUUUGAAACUGUGGUGCAGAUGUCUGAGGUGGACAAGAGUCCAGAAAAGACACCCAAAGUGCCUUUGCAGCAACCUUCAGGAGACACCCAGGUGCAGGACUCCCAGGAGGGACCUCCAAGUCCUCUGAGUGAAGCCUCGAGUGGAUACUUCUCUCAUAGUGUCUCAACAGCCACCCUCUCUGAGGCCCUUGCAGCAGGAAGUGAUGCUGUGGCUCAACCAGGAAGUCAGACACCUGCAGCUAGUGACUCCUCAGCUCCUGCUGUGUCUCAGGUACCUUCUUCUGACAUGCCAGGGCACUCAGAUGGUUCAUCAGAAAGCUGUCUCAGUACUAAGAGAGAGAAACUACCUGCCUUCAGCCUUCAAAGCACUCAUGCAAGACCUAAAGACAGCACUGAAGUAAAUGGAAAUGAUGCUUUGAAAUCCAAAUCUUGCAUAUCUCCUGUGACUCAAAGCGAGCAGGGAAAUGAUGCCUCUGUAGCCACUGACGCAAAAACCUUUCUUUCUACCUCCACUCCAGAGAAGGAGGUGUUAUCCAAACAAUCAGUGGAGUCAGGACAAGCUAGGAAAAAGGAAAUGGCUUCUGGUUCUUCAGAACUGGGGUCUCCCAAACCACAGAUUCAUCCUGAACAAUUGUCCCAGCCUGGUGUUGCAGCCUCCCCCUUCAAAAUCCAGAAAGUCAAGACAUCAGAACUGAAGUCCUUUACAAGCAUGCUGGGGACAGACCCCAUGUGUUCACUAAACAUAGAAGAGCAGCAAGAAGGAGAAAAGAGCACAUCCACCACCCGUGGACUGAACCAUGAUGGAUCAGAGACAGCAGAAGAAAAGCUGGAGGUGGCUUCUGACUCUGAAGAUGCCAAUGAAAUUCCCGAGUGGUUGAAAGAGGGGGAAUAUGUCACAGUUGGUGCAAAUAAGAUGGGCACCGUUAGGUAUAUUGGGCCCACAGACUUUCAAGAGGGAACAUGGGUUGGUGUCGAACUGGAUCUACCUUCAG